AUCAUUCCAUGGUGCGGGAUGUAGUAGCCAACUACCGGAAAGUCUCUGCGGCUGCGUCGUCGCACAGCGUAUGCGAGCGAGUAAAGAAGUCGAGUGGGAGAGGCAAACCAUAAAAACCGCAUUCAAACAAAAUGGCAGGAUUGCCCCGCAGGAUUAUUAAGGAAACUCAGCGCUUGCUGGCUGAGCCAGUACCUGGGAUAAAAGCAGAACCAGAUGAAAGCAACGCACGCUAUUUUCAUGUAGUCAUUGCAGGCCCACAAGAUUCCCCUUUUGAGGGAGGGACUUUUAAACUUGAACUAUUCCUUCCUGAAGAAUAUCCUAUGGCAGCUCCAAAAGUACGUUUCAUGACCAAAAUAUAUCACCCUAAUGUAGACAAAUUGGGAAGAAUAUGCUUAGAUAUUUUAAAAGAUAAGUGGUCCCCAGCCUUGCAGAUCCGUACAGUCCUGCUAUCAAUCCAGGCUUUAUUAAGUGCUCCCAAUCCAGAUGAUCCAUUAGCAAAUGAUGUAGCGGAGCAGUGGAAGACCAACGAAGCUCAAGCCAUAGAAACAGCUAGAGCAUGGACUAGGCUAUAUGCUGUCAACAAUAUUUAAACAUAAUCCCAAGUCAAGUGUGAAAACGUCUCCUUCUGUUCUGCCAAGAUCUCUUCAUUCUUCGUUUGCAUUUAAGGACAGUCUUAGGGGAAAUAAACUAAAGAAAAUUUAACCAACCAGACAACAUCAGUCCUUUGGUGAUUUAAAUACACAUUAGCAAAAAUUUGUCUUGUCCUUAUUCAUUUUACAGUGCAUGAGCAGAGGCAAGAAAGUACACCACUUGUAAUUUUAUUGAUUUUUUUUUUUUUUUUUUCUGAAAUGUUGUCCUGCCUCUGCCUUAAUUUGCAUAUAACUGGUAUUGUCUGACUGCACAAGCACUGUGAGUGAAGGUAGGCAGAGUUGACCACGGGCACAGUGUCGUUUUAAGUUGCUUUUUUGUUUUGAUAAUGCUAAUGGAGUUGUUAUACAGCUAACUUGAACAUGUUAUGUUUUGCCCUUUAGCCAGGUCUGGUUAACCUUUUAGGAGCUAUACAUUGGAAUCCUUGAAUUUAAAAUAAUGACAAACAAGAUAAAGGAAAGAAAGCUUGGCUUUAAAAAUCCAUUCAAAAAGAAAAGCCAUCAGUAACAAUUUUGUGACUGCUGUUGAGUGUAGAUCUUGCAAACGGCUUGUGACUUUUGUAUGGCUUGUCUGGGGGGAAAAAAAUCCUGUAAAUCUUAUGUUUUAGUAAAAUAUUUUUGUUGUUA